UUCGCGACUAAGCAGCCUCGCAGGGGCAUGCGCAGCGAGACUGCGGGCGCUUGGGGGCAGCCCUGGCGGGUCCUCAAAGUUUGACCGUAUUAGCUUUCAGUUUUCUCGCUGGUUUACGGAAAGGCAGCUUCAAGGAAAGGAGACAAGAUUCUGGCUCGGGAAGCGCGCGUUUGGAGAGAGCCGCGGAGACUGCCUUAGCCGCGGACAAAACCUCCUCCGACGGGUAGAGCGGACACCCUUCCGGAGGUGGGAGACGAGGGCCCGGCCUCCGAGAGCCCCUCUGAAGAAGAUGACCCAAGACCAACCUCUGCUUGCCGUGCAGGAGGCCCUGAAGCAGUGCUUCCCGGUGGUGGAGGAGCAGCAGGGCCUGUGGCAGAGCGCGCUAAGGGACUGCCAGCCCCUCCUGCUGUCCCUCAGCAACCUGGCAGAGCAGCUGCAGGCGGCCCAGAAUCUGCGGUUUGAGGACGUGCCACCACUUCGGGCCUUCCCAGACUUAAAGGAGCGGCUGAGGCGCAAGCAGCUGUGGGCUGGCGACACUGUCUUGGACAAGUUAGAGGAGAGGCUAAGCGCCCUCCUCAAGGUGCGUGACACCAUCAGCAGCCACGUGGAGCGAGUGCUUCAGACCUAUGAGCAGCAUGCAGACACGAUUGGCAUGGAUGGUGUCCUCCAGGCUUCGGUUGUGAGCCCUUCGGUGGCUGACAUGUUGGAAUGGUUGCAAGAUAUUGAGAGACAUUAUCGAAAUUCUUACCUGAAGAGAAAGUGCCUCCUGUCCUCCAUCCAGUGGGGAGACUUGGCCAACAUCCAAGCUUUGCCCAAGGUCUGGGACCGGAUUUCAGAAGAUGAACACCAAACCCUUGUACAAGGUACUGGUUUUCAUUUAUGCCUUCAUGUUUGCUUUCUUUCUCUGUCUCUCUGUCUUACAGAGAUGCCCUUGCAGUGCCUCCAUAUUUUUUAUAAAUCUGAUGUUUUACGUUCCCUGGAGAGGUGAUAUGCCACAGUUUUUCUCUCUUCCUAUUCCAGAUACCCUACUGAAUGUUUCCUUCUUCUUGGAAGAGUAAGGAAGUGGUGUGUUUAUCAGCAUACUAGUGAGACACGGUUGAAGGCUGAUACUGGUGCAUUCUGGUAUUUCUAAAGAAAUGUCAGUAUUGUAACCUAACAUACUUGAAAGAUUAGUGCCUGGGGCUGGAGGAGUAGCCCUUGGGAGGGUUGUGUUAGAUGUUUCUAAUGUUGCGGCCUCCCCCUGCUCUGUCAUGGUUGAAAGUACGUGGACGCCCCUUGCCCUUUUCUAGGCUCGGGAAUGGAUGAUGGAGGCAGAGAGAAUGCAGGGAAGGCAGUGCAAGAGAACACUGGGGGCAGGAGCCACAGCCACAGAUGUGGUAGGGAAGGAAAGGACGGGGGAGAGAGUGGCAUCCCUCUGAGCAUCAUCCAAAGCUCUGAGCUUGGUUGACACCCGGCCCUGUUAUGUGUAUUUGUAUCAGUACCCGAUUCCCUGACGCAAGAUGAUUCUUCUUGAUGAUUUAAAGAAAUAAGGGUGAUAUUGAUGGAAGACAGUACAGAUCUUCCUCGACCUAUAAUGGUGUUACAUCUUGAUAAUGUCAUCAUGUAAGUUGAAAAUAUCGUGAGUCAAAAAUGCAUUUAAUGCACCUACCCUACCAAAUGUCAUAGCUCAGCCUAGCCUGCCUUAAAUGUGCCCUGAACACUCACAUUAGCCUACAGUUGGGUAAAAUCAUUGAAUACCAAGCCUAUUGUACCAUAAAGUGUUGAAUAUCUCGUGUAAUUGAUUGCAAAACAGAAGGGUGGUAUGGGCACGGAGUGGCUGUAUAAGUUGUGUACCCUUGUGAACUUGGGGCUGACCGUAAGCUGGGGCUUGCUGCUGUCACCCGGUGUCACAAGAGAGGAUCGGACCGCGUGUUGCCAGUCCGAGAAAAGAUCCAAAUUCAAAAUCUGAAGUACGGUUUCUGGUGGACACGUAUUGCUUUUGCACCAUCGUAAAGUUUGAAAACUCAUAAGUCAGAGUCGUCUAUCAUUGUCCAGUUGCUUUAGCUCCUCGUCGUCAUUCAGUUUCCGGAGUCCGCCACCAGGGGGAGGUGGCGCAGCAUGAAUCAUUCUCAGUGCUUUGUCGUCGAUGGUGUUCCUCUGUUCCCUGUCUGAGAGUUAAGUAACUGGGCAUAGUAAGACUGCUAAAAUGAUGGGGGUUUUUUUCUGACCAAAGCUGGCACCUGAUUUUCCACAUCCCUCUGAUCUUGGAGUAGCUGCACGGUGGGAGAAGAGCGCCCAGAAUCAGGCCAUCAGUGUUAUUUCUGAAGCCCAGUGCCUUCAUCUGUGAAAUGGUUGGGUACUUCCAGACCUGUCAGCUUCCUAGGCUGUGGGAAAAUCUGGGUCACUGGAUGUAGAGAGGCUUAGUAAAGAGUGUAGAUAUUUUUAAAAUGAAGAUGACUUUUUUUUUUUUUACUACAAAAGUGUUCUAUAUGCUUUUUAAAAAAUCAGAGGAAAAUUGUAGGAAAAAUUUUAAAUGUAGAAAAGUAUGAAACACAAACUCCAUCAGAGAAAUUUUGAUAUAUGGCUCUUUCUGUGUCCAUAUCCACAAAUUAAAAAAAACCCCACAAAUGUGGCAUCAUUGGUAUAUACUGUUAAAUAAACUUUUUAUUUUUUUAAUUAUUAUUUUUUUAGAUAAACUUUUAUUAUUUUUAAAAUUUUUAAAUUUUUAUUUAUUUUUGAGAGAAAGAGCAUGAGCUGGGGAGAGGCACAGAGAGAGGGAGACACAGAAUCUGAAGCAGGCUCCAGGCUCUGAGCUUUCAGCACAGAGCCCGAUGUAGGGCUCGAACUCACAGACUACGAGAUCAUGACCUGAGCUGAAGUCAGAUGCUUAACUGACUAAGCCACCCAGGUGUCCCUAGAUAAACUCAAAAAAAACUUUUUUAGCCAUCUUUUCACUUUCGUAUCUCUAAAAAUAGCUCAACACAAUAUACACCAGUGUACAUCUCAUAUACAAUUUUAGGAAUGUAUUAUAUCUUUUGUUUUUCCAAAUCUUCAUGUAUUUCUACUUAUAAAGAUUGUACAUUCUCAUUGUAGAAGAUUGAAGUAUUACAGAAAGUGAAAAUGCACACUGUCUACUGUUUUUAACAAUAUGGUAGACGUUCUCCCAGGAAUUUAAAAAAUCUAUCACAUACGUUAAUAAUCAUAAAUAAAACUUAAAAGACAUUUGGGUGUCAGGCCUUAUGAUGUGCUCUGGAGACAGAUGAAAGAGAUCCCUAGAAAGGUUUAUGGUUCAACCAGGGAAAGAUUUAAACCAGUGUUUCUCAAGCUUUAACGUGUAUAGAAAUCACUGGGCUCUUGUUAAAAUUUAGACCCUAAUUCUGUAGGUCUGGGGGGCGGGGGCAACGCCCUAGAUUCUAUGGGAGUGGUGGGGUGUUCGUUCUGAAACUAGCUGUUAAGACUGCAGCCUCCAUCUUGGUCCAUCACUCCCUCUUGGAUCCCUCACACUGAGAGAAGUCAGCUGCAGUGUUCUAAGUCGGCCCUGUGGAGAGCUUGUGUGAGAGACCGAUGCCUGCCAGCAAUCGCGUGACUGAGCUUGGAAGCAGAACCCCUGCGCCCCUGUGACUUAAGCCUUCUGGUGAGACCACAGCCCCAGCUAACAGCUAGACUACAACUUCAUGAGGACCUAAGACAAAGGCAACCAGCUGAGCUGUGGCCGGAUUCCUGACCCAUGGAAACAUAAUAAACGUUCGUUUUAAACCAUUAAGUUUUGGGGUAAUCUGUCGCAUAGCAAUAGAUAACUAAUAUAAUGAGCAAAUGGGUUUUUUUGUUUUCUCCCAAAUUUUGUACAAACUGUAGCAUACUGUGUACUCAGCUUUGCACCUCUCCCCCCUCCCCCAAUUACUGUAUCUCGAAGGUCAUUCUAUGUGAAUACAUAAAGAGCUUCCUUAAUUUUUUCUAGAA